AUGUCAGUUUACGUUCCUCCUCCUCAGAUGUCUUCACACAAUCCCACUCCCGUUACUCAACAGGGAUAUCAACAUGCCCAACCCCAACAACCCCAACAACCUUACGGCCAACAUGGUCAACCUACUUUUCCCCAACACCAACAACACCAAGCCACCAAUGGAGGAUAUCAAAGUUCCACUCCAUCUAACGUUACCAGUCCUACUCAUUCAACUAUCACUAUCACCAACGGCACUACCAUCCCUGUGGUUCAUCCUUCCACCAUCCAGACCAUUACUCCUAUCCUUCAUGGUAAACCCGUUACCGCUAUUGCUCCAGCAAACGGGGUGAUCGGUGUUGGUGGUACCCCUGUAGGACCUACCGCUACCCAAUCAGGAAGUGUAUCAGUCCUCAACCCCGUUAACCCCGUUCCGGGAUCAACCGCUCACUCAGGCAGUACUACAGUAUUUGAUAAAUCAGGUGGUAAUUCUGUCCUCGAGCAUGCCUCAGGAGCUACCUCUAUUUUACUCGAGCCCAAAUCGAACCAAGGUCAAUCAGAUGCCAGCGGUGGUGUUAUAGUCUUCAACCCAGCCCAUUCUUCAGGUAUCAAAGCAGACGGAGGUCCCGUCGUACUCGCUCCUCCAGGUGGUGGUCCGAUCGUCGUCGUCGAUUCUAAGCCUAACACCAAUAUCACCGAACCUAACGGAGCAACAGUAGUCUUCAAUCCUUCUGAACACCAUGAAAGCAACUCCUCUAUCGUCCAAUCAGGGAGUAACACCGUCUACUCCUCCGAUUCCACCAUCGCACGAUCUGGUGUACUUCCAAUCCCCAAGGAAAUCAUCGAUAAAGUCAAGUGGGAAACUGAAGCAUGUUUCUACGUUCCUAUCGCCGCUAAGGAAUUGGCCGAGAAAGGUGUCAUUCACUUACCUCUCAAUGAAGUCGAGAAGACCAAGACCCAUCAAUUGUUGGAUUACUGUUUGUUCGGCGAGGGAGCGAAUCUGUAUAGGAACGUGUUGGCCAAAGGGGAUGCAUUGAGAUUUAGAGAGAAGUUGGAUAGCUUUGAGAAAAAAGUUGAACACCAACAUACCGAUAUCAACAUCGGUUCAAUCAAAGAUCAACUCAAGUUCGAGCUCAAGAACGAACUCCUUUCCCAAAUCAAAGCGGAACUCAAGGACGAACUUCGAUCUCAACUCAGAACCGAAAUUAUGAACGAAGUCAAUACUGAAAUCUGCAAGAUUAACGGAAGAAUCGAUAAAUUGCAGAACUACGUGGUUGAAUUGCACAGUAAACAGAAUGACGAGCUGUCAGCUAGAAUCGUGGCUGUUGCGAAUAGGGUUGAUGGAUUGAAGAGAGAAUUCAAGAUUUUCGUUGAUCAAGUUCAUAUCAAGGAAAUCAACAGAGUCCUUUUGGCUGCUGGAAGAUGGGCACAUCCCGUUCCUACUCUCAAAGGGAAUUACGGUCCUGACAAUCUCGAAACAUGGAACGAUGGUCGAUGGACUCUAUACUUUCCCGACGUGAUCAAGAACCUCCCCGAAGAUCAACUCGAUCAAUGGCUCGAAUCGUACUGGAUCGGCGAACAUUCACGAAACUUCACUUUUCUCAAGGACGUCUCUGUUCACGUCAAGAAAGCUAUUUUGUUCUACUUCAUCGGUGGGAAAUGUGAUCCUAAUUUCUUCCCUAAUGAACAAAAAGCUAUUCACUUCUAA